AUGUCUGCCUUCCUCUCUCGCACCUGCGCUCGCCACGCGAACCGAGCCAUUCAGCGUUCUGCGAUCAUCCACGCGACUCGCUCAUUGAUGACCAUCAAGGACCACAAAUACUCGGCCCACGCCACCGCGCGCGGACAAGGCCGAAAUGGCCAAGUCAAAUCCGACGACGACUGCGGCCUCGAACUGCGCCUCGCCAUGCCCAAGUCGCUCGGCGGCAAGGGCGACGGGCAGAACCCUGAACAGCUCCUCGCCAUGGGCUACGCAGCUUGCAUGCUCAGCGCCCUGCAGAUGGUCGCCGGCCAGACCGGCAAGACAGAUGCGGCGCGCAACGCCGCGGUCCAUGCCCAGGUCCAUCUUGGCCAGCCGGACGGCAUGGAAGGUUUCGGGCUGCAGGUAGACCUGCAGGUCGAGGGCAUAGACGACAUGGAGCUCAUUCAGGCGGGCCACAAGGCCUGCCCAUACAGUCGCGCGUUCGCCCAUGGCGCUGUGGUGAACGUCACCAAGGCACAGUAG